CAAACAGGAAAGAGAGAUAGCUCAGCUGUCUUUGUCAGGAAAUACUUGUGGUCCUGGCUGGGAGAGACUGUCCUUUGUCACAGAUCCUCAGGCCCAGGCAGCAGGUCCAGAGUCCAGUACUCAGACCCGCAGGGACCCGGGCCUGGACCUGCACAGAGAAAGAGCUUGGUGAAGCCGCCCCUAUUCUCCUUUAUCAGCCCCUUUGGCCUCAAUCCCGGAGAACCUAGUCCAGCAAGGGGCCUGGAAAGACAGGGCUCCAGGUUCAAACACCAAAGCUGUGAUUCUGCUCUUUUGCUUACAAGUAGAGAGAAAGGCAAGGGUAGUGAGGUCCCCAGGGGAUACCCUAGAAGGUUCUAUUGCCACAGAUGGAAGUAUAGGCCGCACGUGGGCCUGGCAGUGGAUAAGACAGGGUCCUAAAUCCCUGCUGUGCCAUGUGGGGAUACAUCUGCUGAGAUGGUGAUGGUGGAUACCUCAGGGACUCCAGCCCUUUGGGGCUUGAUCUGGUAUGGAACGGAGUAGGCUAGGCCACCAUCUCCUAGGCUGAUCUCCCAUGCCUCUGCUCUCAGUGAACCUGCUUUCCCUUUCUUUGCCUCAGUUUCCACAUCUUUGAAAUGGUGAAAACCCUGUGUCUUUCUCAAAGGGCAGUGGGGGUUCUGUGAAGCAUGGUCCUCCCAAGGCAUUCUAAAGCCAAGGAACACUGGAAAAGCUGCCUAUGGGCUCUGGUGCCACAGGGCUCUCCUGUGGAAAGUGAGCAGGGUAAGACACAUAGGCAGGCUUGGGACCCAGAUCUCCUUUCCAAGCCCGGUGUCUCCUUAGGCUCUGUGAAGUAGAGUUCUAGUAUGGUCUCCCCCUACACCUGAGAAGGUAGGCCUCCUGCCCAAUCUGUUCUGCUCUCUCUAUUCCUUACAAACUUUACUUUUUAAUUUUUUUUGAAGCAGGGUCUCACUCAGGCUAGCAUAAAACUUACUAUGUAGUCCAGGUUGGCCUUAUAUUCAUAGCAAUCCUCCUGCCUUAGCCCCAUGAGUGCUAGGAUUGCAUGCAUGAGCCACCAUACCUACCUCACAAGCCCCAACCCCUCACCGUAUCUCUCAAUAUCUAACCCUUGACUGAGGGACUAUUGACAGUUGAUAGCUUCUGGGAGAGGGAGAGUCAGUUUUCUUUAAGGUUGGUGGCCCCUGGUGGGUUGACCAUGUUCCAGUGGAUGAUGCCACACCACAAUUGGACAGCACAGUGAUGGACAGCACAAAUCGGACUCGGUGGGUUAAACAUUAAAAAGGAAAAAAAAAAGAGGAAAUGAAGUUGGGAGUGGAGAGAUGGGGAUGGAUCUGGGAGGAGGUAGGGGGAGAAAAAGGGGUGAAUAUGACCAAAAUGAACUGUCUGAAGUUUCUUUCUCUUUCUUUCUUUCUUUUCUUUUUUUUUUUAAAGAUUUAUUUAUUUAGUAAACAGUAUUCUGCCUGUAUGUAUGCCUGCAGGCCAGAAGAGGGCGCCAGAUCUCAUUACAGGUGGUUGUGAGCCACCAUGUGGUUGCUGGGAAUUGAACUCAGGACCUUUGGAAGAGCAAGCAGUCAUCUUAACCUCUGAGCCAUCUCUCCAGCCCUUUUUUUUUUUUUUUUUUUUUUGAAACAGGGCUUCUCUGUGUAGCCCUGGCUGUCCUGGAACUCACUCUGUAGAUGAGGCUGGCUUCAAACUUAGAGAUAUGCCUACCUCUGCCUCCUGAAUGCUGGGAUAUAUAUACUCACCAUGUUAAAAGCUUCAUCAGCAGUGAAGAGCUGCUUGUAGGUGAAGGGUUUGUGCAGUUAUCUGGGUACAGUGCCAGCUGGGGCAGAGUUGGCCCCUUGAUCCUUUUCUUUGCCCCUUCCAGUAGUCCUGAGGACGUUUGUUUUACUAAUCUGUAGCUGUGGCCUCUCUGGGGCUACGACCCUCCUCCCUGUUCUGUUAGGUCUGUGGCAAUGGAGUCUCUCACCUGGGGCUGGCUAGUAGAGACCAGGUCCUUGGGACCAGUCCUGAGGCAGAGCUCAUUUAGGGAGGCAAUAUUCCCCGUGACAGUGCAGAUAGAGAUGUCGGGCCUGGAGUAAACACAAUCUAAACCUUGAGCUCCUCCCAGACCAAGGCCCAGGGCAUACCACCCUUGAUUUGACUCUAGACCAUCCAGACAGAAAGAGGGCAGUCUGAGACCAGAUAGGAUAGUCCGGGCCGGGCCGAGCCAAGCAGGGAUCUCCUAAGUGCUAGGGACAGGAUAAGCAGGUGAUGUCAUCCUUGAACAUCAGGACGAGCUCGGUAUGGAAAGAAUGUGGUUGAGGCUGCAUACUGUCCUGGACAAUCGAGCUCUCUACCUUGCAGGCCCUGUCUGGAUCUAUCUCUACCCAGAACUGGACCCUGAAUGGCUGGAGUCCCCCUGCUCUAUGUUUUUUGUCAGUGUCUAUGACUUAUUUCCAGAGACUUAGGGGAUGCUGUUGGAGGGAUCCCCAAGCUGUCUCUCCCUCCCCCCAUUUAGAGAUGCUUUCUGCACUGUGGAGUACUGCCUUUGUUAUGCGCCUGCCAGGAGGCCCCGUGACACACUCGCUGCAGAGAGCAUGUGGCUGCCACUCUGGCCUCUUUUAGAAAGUGGCACAUCCCUGGACACUACAGCAUUUGAGCAUCUAGUGGCAUCUGCCUGUAGUUAGAAGCAGGAGUCACUACAGUUUCUAGAAAGGGCUAGAGUAAGUCACUGGCACGUUCCAGGGGUGAUGUUUUCUCCUGCAGACUUGCUCAGAGCUGCGGUUCUCUCCAUGGGGCCUGAGGGUAGGGCCAGGGACUUGUUCUGUGGCCCAGAGCUAAGUCACAGGGAAGCUAGCAACGGCCCCACACAGGAGCAGUGUGGACCCCACCGUGCACGUAGCCAUGUCCUGGUCCAGGACUGCCUAGAUGGGCAGAUCUUGGGCCAGUUGCGCACCCUGUCAGAAGAGGAAGACUCUUCUGGGGCUACCUUUCUUGGGGAGCCUGCCUUCCCUGAGAUGGAUUCAGAGGAUCUCCGUCUGGCUUCCUUCUAUGACUGGCCAUCCACUGCUGGGAUUCAGCCUGAGCCAUUGGCUGCUGCUGGCUUCUUCCAUACAGGCCAGCAGGACAAGGUGAGAUGUUUCUUCUGCUAUGGGGGUCUGCAGAGCUGGGAACAUGGGGAUGACCCCUGGACAGAGCAUGCCCGAUGGUUCCCCAGGUGUCGGUUCCUGCUACAGUCAAAAGGAAGGGACUUUGUGGAAAGAAUCCAGGCCUGCACCCCCUUGCUUAGCUCCUGGGUAAGUCCAUCUGUCCUCAGGACUCAGGUGGGUUGGCAGUCUCUACUCUGUUUACUUAUGGCAUUGAUGGCUUUCCAACAGGACCAAUGGGAAGAACCAGAAGAUACAGUCCCUGCCACCCCCUCAGAUACCAGGGGCAACCAGAGCCAGAGCCCAGGUGUUCCCAGCACACCGGCUUCACAACUGAUGGCUGACUUGCUCCAGGAGAAUGAGGGCCAGAUGGCAAGGGCCAGAGCUCCUGCCCAUGGAGGCCCUGAGUCACUCACAUCCAGAAGACAGACGCAGCCUGAAGAUGCCAGUGAGCCAGUCCCCAGGAGCUGGAGAUGUGCAGGAACAGCUGCGACAGCUGCAGGAGGAGAGAACAUGCAAGGUGUGCCUGGAUCGGGCUGUAUCUGUAGUCUUCGUGCCCUGUGGCCACUUAGUCUGUACUGAGUGUGCCCCCAACCUGCAGGUGUGCCCUAUCUGCAGGGUGCCUAUCUGUAGCUGCGUGCGCACCUUCCUGUCCUAAACCAGGUAAGGUCCAGAGUAUUCCCAGCAUUCUUCCUACAGCCUGGGUGUAACCUGAGUGUCUUGCUUCCUAAGGCUAGAAGUGGCAUUGUAGAGAUGGCCAGGUCACACCACUCACUCCUUCCACCAGUCAAUCCCACUGUUUUUGUUGUUGUUGUUUUGUUUUGUUUUUUGUUUUUCAAGACAGGGUUUCUCUGUGUAGUUUUGGUGCCUGUCCUGGAUCUCGCUCUGUAGACCAGGCUGGCCUCGACCUCACGGAGAUCCACCUGGCUCUGCCUCCCGAGUGCUGGGAUUAAAGGCUUGCGCCACCACUGCCUGGCACCACUGUUUUGAAUCCUUCCUAGGUGGAGUCAGAGGGAAAGAGGGCUGGGGGUCACCUCUUGUCCAGUUGGUCAUCAAGGGCUUAAGCUAGGCUUGGAGAGGCCAGCUUCAGAGGCACAUGGACUAAAUUGAAGCUUGGUGGUCAUGCAGGGGUGGGGGUUAGGGGGUGGGGGAAAGGGCACAUGGACAUCAAUUGUUACAUAAAUGUGUCACACCCCGUCCUUGCUGAGAGACAGGAACCAUGCAUGGCCUUCAUAUACUCUCAGAGGUCAGUGUGUCCCCAAGAUGUGUCUGAUAAUUCUCUGGUAGAACAAAGUGGUAGGUCAACGAAGUUCCUGAGGCCUCUGGCUCAGAUAAACCUGCUAAGAACAGAACUCAUAUAUGCUUCCUUUUCUUCCUCCAGGUACUACACUGCAGGAUGGGUACCCUGCCUGCCUCCACCUGUCCCAGACCAUACAGUGCGUCUGCUGGGGACACUCAGUACCACCACAAACGUAGUACAGCAUGGAGCAAGAGUUUCUGGUUGAUGUGUGGAGUGGUUCUGUUGUAGCUUUUGGGAUCUAUUUGAAGCCAAUAAAAUAGAAGAUCUCACCUUA